AUGAAACUGACGGUCAUAUUGUUUCGUGUCUACUUUGAACUACAAUGUUAUUUGACAUAUUUUGCAGACCAAAUGCUAUACUCAACACCCACGUUACUAUAGUGUAAAGUAGCAAAGUUUUCGCCUACAAGAUAACUGCUCUGAAUGCCAGCGAGACGUGAGGAACUUUGCUGUUCACAUUCUGAUGGAGGCGUGUGGGGAUGAUGGCGGAAAUACCUUGUCUCCAACAAAAGUGCCGAAUACGUAUUCAAAUAUACAUGUAGCUCAUGUUGAAGGUUCGGCAGAAAUUUUGAUUGAACCUGAUGUUGUGGAAUUUUUGUUUCGUGUCGAAAGCAUCAAGGAUAAAGCAGAAGAUGCGAAACAAAGUGUUACUAAGCGCAUCGACUACCUGUUGCAGAUAAUACGAAACGCGAAUAUUAAGGGUGACGUAACAGUAACAACUAAUCGAUUAUUGCAAAGAACUGGUGAACAGUUUCGUUUGAUUGGGGAAGUUCUUGUGCAGUGUGAUGCUGAACAAAAAUAUGAAGAGAUAAUUAAUAUAAUUGUGGAAAAACUGGAGAGCGGAGUAACUAUAAGUGAACCACACUUUUUUCACUCAUCGAAGUCCAUUCAGGAAGGAAGGCAACACGCUUUAAAAUUAGCUGUUAGUAGUGCAAGAUCUAAGGCACAAGAAAUAGCAUUGUCUUCCGGCCAACAAGCUGGCCAAGCCCUAAUUGUUGAAGAAAAAGAAAGUCGCAUUACUCGAGUAAAACCAUUACCACCUAACUUAUGGGAAUCCAUAUCAAAGAAGCGAUUUUCACAAGCACAUGAAAUUCAGAGCCGUAUUGUUGCUGUAUAUGAAUUAACUCCUGGAAAUAAAUGUAAGGAGUAACUGGCAUAAACAUUGUUUUAUGCAGUCAGAGGCUCAAUUAUUGACAAUACGAAUAGAAGGUGAAAAUGAGUGGAUGAAAUUCUGCUCUCAUUACUUUCUUUAAAAUGCUAAAGCUGAGAGUUGAGAUCUGCUGGUCAAUUAAGC